AUGAAGGUGAGAUCCCGCGGGCACAAAGCGCACACAGCGCCCGCUCAGGUUAUUGCAGCCAGAAAACCCUUGAACGAGCAGCAUGGUGACAAUGUUUCUGAUAUUGACCCAUUCGUCUACACAGAUGUUCCGCUCAAAGAGAUCCGCACGUUGAAGGUCGUGGAGUCGCCGGGCUUCCCAUCCUUCAUGAAACUCGCUGAGUUGGUCGCCCGAGUCGAAGAAGCGCGGCAAGGAGGCAUUCUACCACCUAAACUCGCCAAAGAAGCUCGAGAUGCUGGCAUCAUUAGCGACGUCACUUGGUUGAACUUGGCUGUGCUGGGAGAGCCGGAGGUUCUGACCAUGAGGAGGAUGCAAGCGAGAGAGGUGAGAUUGCCUAAAGCGAGCAUGACCCGCAUGAAUCCUUAUGCGGCCUCACUGGUUCAGAACGAACUCUUAUCUUCCCCCGUGAAACCCAAAAAGACUUUGGUUUUUGCCUGCUUCGCUGCGGAAGAGCCUGGUCUGCGCGGAUCAAAGGAAUUUGCUUCUCGCCUCGCAUCUGACAGCAGUUCCAGCGGCUCCAGCCUUGUAGAGGACCACGACAAGACUGCGGCCAAGCUGAUGUCAAGGAUGUGUGGGACAAACAAUGGCGGCGCGAUUCUGCAGGACAAUUCUUUCAUGAGGAGGAAACGUCAAAGACGGGCAGCUGAGGAGCACGAGGCUUUGGUGAUGGAUGAGAUUGCUUGGCGAAGUCCCUCGACGGAUAGCCCUGUGGUCAAUUUGGAGUCCUAUGACUGGGCGAAGAAAGUGCUAAAGCAUUUGGCCGGGGCAAGCAAAACCCACAACGGUGACAAACUGAAAGUAACGCACAGCAACAAUCCCUUCGGCUCUGACCAUAUGAGUUUCUUAGAGCAGAAGAUCCAAAGCGUGCUUUCCAUCCAUGGCGAUGAUGAGUCCUAUCCACACUACCAUCAACCCACGGAUGCCAUGGAUCAGGUGAAUCCAGAGCUUUACACCUUGAUCACAAAAAUGAACGCAGGUGCAGCGUUGCGCUUGGCGGGUGUCGUUUAA